AUGAAGGCUCUUUAUGAAUAAAUCCGAUAUGAUAAUGCAGAAAAAGCUUUGCAUUCAGCUAUUUUACCCCAAAAUAUAAUAAAAUUCACCUUAAACUCAAUGCAAGGCUUUGUUGUUGAUAGAGUGCGUUUUAUUGAUGCAAAAUAAAAAAAAGGAAUAUCAAGUUCAAUUCAAGUUUAUUAAUAGUAAUACUCAAUAUCUGAAGCACAUAAAUAAGAGACUUAAUUAAAAAUCUCGAUAAUUAAUCAUUAAGUAAAUCACACCCCUAGUAAAGUUGCACUACCCUUAUAAAAAUCGAGAAUAUAUUAUUCUCCUUAGCCCAUUGUUUUAAAAUCUUAAAAAUCAACAAUAACACCCUUAAAGCAAUCAGCAGUUCUUCCAAAAUCAUAUCUGUCUCGCACACCAAAUAUGUAACAACCUUUAGCCCAUUCUUUUGUUAAUUAUUCUGAAAGUAGAACAAAAUCUCCUGUUAAAAAAGCCAAUUUGAUGAGACUUUUAAUUUAGGAUAUUCAAAUUACAAUUAAUUCUAUGUAUAGUUAUCCUUAAAUUGCUUUUGAAUUUAGAGAAAGAGUAUACUCAAAUAGAAGUAGCUCUGCUUAGGACAUAAGAUAAAUGAUCAAGGAGAUAAAUCCUAGGGCUAAUAGCUCAGAAAAGGAAAAAAUUUAAGAAUUUAUUCAUAAGGAAAGAAGAUAUGAUCAAGAACUUAAUAAAUAAAUGGAAACAGUAAGAUCUCAAUUAGAAGGUUUAAAACGAUAAUCUAAUUAUUCAGAGGAUGUAUUAGAAGAUGCAACUUCUAAAAGAAGAUAAAGCAUUGCAGACGAUUUAUCAGUAGGAGAAACUGGAACUCAAGAUAAAGAAAUCAAUUAUGGAUAAAGCAGAAUAGCAGGAUAAAAAAAAUAUUUCAAAAAUCCAUUGAAUACUUCUCCAAUACUCAAUUCUCCAACAAUAUAAAAAUUUGAUGAAACAACUAAAUUCUUUGAAGAGGAAAUCUUAAUUAGAAAUAGGCAGAAGUAGGAUAGAGUUUUAAUAAGAGAAAUCAUUUUCUUAGACUCUUCAACAUAUGUUAAUGAUGAAAAUUUAUAUACAGUAAGAGGCAAGGAUUAAAUUUUAAUCGCAAGUCGAGUCAUUAAUGGGGUGAUUGAUUAAAGUUGGGAACUAACAAGUAAUAAUAAAUAUAAAAAAAUUAUUUCUGUAAACGAACCUAUUUAGUAUUUAGAAGAAGACAUUAAAAUUUUUUAGGGUAAUUGCAUUUUACGAAAAUAAGUAAGAAAAACACCUGAAAUGCUGACUAUUGGGGAAUGUAUUAAUGAAGAAUAAUAGAAUGGGGAUAUUGUUGAAAGUAGAAGGCUAGUUGAAAAUAAUGAAUCUAUAACUUAAAUGAAAGCAGAUGGCUGGUACUUUGAGAAUAUGUCAAGACUAGAAAGAAAUCUUGGAAUAGAAUAAAUCUAAAGUCAAUAGAUAGAGGGCAAUCAAAAAGCCUAAGUAAAAAUGGACUCACCAGAGAAAAUAUAAAAAUAUUAAGAGUAAAAGAAAGAUUAAAUAAAAGAUGAUGAUUAAAGUAAAAUUAUUGUAAAAUUUGUACAAGAAGAAAUUUUAAGAUUUAAUAAGGAUACUGGUAAAAUUGAAAAAAUUUUAAUACGAAAACCAUAUAAAGAAAAAGCUGAUGAAUGGGAUAAAUAGUAAAUCUAGGAUGGAACUAAAGUCCUUUCUAGAAAAAUAGUUGAUAAUUCUCAAUCUCAAUAAAUGAUGUUAUAAAAUGGAUGGUAAUUGACGUAAGAAGGAUUUUUAGAAAAAAUAAUAUCUGAAUCAGAACCAGAAUAAUUUGUAGAAGAGGAAAUUGUGAUUUAUAAUUAGACAACCAAAAAAUAAGACAGAAAAUUAGUUAGAAGACCAUUCUUUGAUAAUGAAUUGCAAGAAAUAAGUGAAGAACUGGAUGAAGAUGGUGAUUUUGGUGUGAAAAUUGUUGCAAGAAGAAUAAUAGAUAAGGAUGAAAAAAAGUAAUAAGGCAAAGUGUGGUAAAAGAAUUUAGAAGGCAAUUAUGAAUUAUAAAUUUCUUAAGCAGAGUCUACAUAAUAUGUGGAAGAGGAAAUGCUUGUUAAAGAUAAAAAUGGGAAAAUUAUACGAAAAAUAGUAAGAAGGCCUGUUGAAUUAUGCAAAGGAAAAGUAGGGACAGGUUUAAAAGAAAAAGAUAAUAAUGGGAAUAUCAUAUUGUCUAGGAAAAUUAUUGAAGGUAAAUUUUCUGUCAGUAAUUGGAGUAAAAAUGGCAAAAUUUNUAAGUCCAAAAAGAUUGGCAAAAAGGAUAAAAUGAUACUCUUGAAAAAAUUAUUUCAUAAGAGGAACCUGAACAAUUCGUUGAAGAAGAGAUAAUAAUAAUAAAUCCUAAAACAGGCAAGCAAGAGCGUAAAUUAGUUAGACGUCCUUAUGAAAAUGAAGAGGAAUUUGGAGAUUAAUUGAACGAAUCAAUAGGUAAUAACCAAAAAGUUGUGUCUCGUAGAAUUGUUUAAAAUGACAGCUCUCUAAGUGAAUGGAAGAAAAAUUAGAAAACUGGAUAGUUAGAAAAAUUAAUUGUUCAGAAUGAACCAGCUAAAUUUAUAGAGGAAGAAGUUUUAGUAAUGAAUGAAGAGACAGGAAAGAUGGAAAGAAAAUUAGUCAGAAAAUAAUAUUAGCCUGGUUCGAAUGUGGGAAAUAAUUUAUAAGAAACUGAUUCAAAUGGAAAUAGGAUUCUUGCAAGAAGAGUUAUUGAAAAUACAUCAUCAACUUAGCAGGUUGAAAAAGAAGGAUGGAAAAACAACUAAGGAAAUUAUGAAAAAACCUUAUCAAUUCAAGAACCAACCUAAUUUAUAGAAGAAGAAGUUAUUAUCGUGAGAUAAGGAGGAAAGCAAGAGAGGAAAAUUAUAAGAAGACCUUUGGAUGAUGAUGAGAACAUAGAAGAAGGAGAAGAACUUUUAGAGGAUUUAGGUGAUGGUUGUUAUGUAGUUUCUAGAAAGGUUGUUGAUAAUGACUUGUCGCUUGCUUCUUCAAAGUGGAAAAAAAAUAGUGAUGGAAAUUAUGAAUAAUCUUUGGGGGUUGAACCUUCUCAAUAUAUUACCGAAGAGGUGUUACAAUUUAACAAUGAAACAGGAAUGAUGGAAAGAAAACUAGUAAGAAAACCUUAUUUGGGAGGAAAGAUCCAAGAAGGUGAUUAAUUAAAUGAAGUGGAUAAGAAUGGAAAUAAAGUGCUUUCACGUAAAAUAGAAUCCAAUCUAUAACCUAAAGCAGCCAAACAAUAAUGGUAGAACAUUGGAAAAUAAGAAGAGAUCAUUCUAAAUUCAGAAGAACCAGAACAAUUUAUUGAGGAAGAAAUUAUUCAAAUCAACCCAAAAACAGGAAAACUAGAGAGAAAAAUUGUCAGAAAACCACUUAAUAAUGAAGAAAUAGAUAAUUUGUAAAUGGGAUAAAAUUUGGAAGAAGAUUUGGGAAAUGGUAAACAAGUAAUUUCAAGAAAAAUUGUCUAAAAUGAUCAAUCAAAUUAGGCCCUGAAAUAGCAAGGUUGGGUGAAAAAUAGUGAUGGAAACAUGGAAAUCAGAUUUCAACCUGAACCUGCAAAAUAUGUUGAGGAAGAAAUAUUAGUUUAAGGCGAGGAUGGAAAUGUCUAAAGAAAACUAGUUAGAAGGCCUUACUUACCUUAAGAUAACAAAUUACAAACUGGAGCAGUGAUAGAAAAAGACUAAAAUGGAAAUAAAGUUGUCUCAAGAAAGAUUGUUUAAAAUAACAAGCCAAUUGACUCAUCCUGGAUUUAAUUAAAUAAUGGAUAAUAAGAGAAAGUGGUUUCGCAGUAAGAACCCGAAGCUUAUAUUGAGGAAGAGAUCAUCAUAAUCAAUCCAAAAACUUAAAGAUAAGAAAGAAAAUUAACUAGAAGACCUUUGACUCAAUCAGAUGUAGGCGAGAUAGGAGAGAAUCUACAAGAAGGUGACGGCACUCGAAAAGUGGUUGCAAGAAGAAUAAUUUCUAAUGAAUAGUCUAUCGAUCAAAUGAAAGAUUGGUAACAAAAAUAAGGACAGAUGGAAAUUUAAUUAGCUUAAAGUGAACCAACUAAGUAUGUUGAGGAAGAAGUACUUUGUUAUGGAGAAAAUGGAUUACAGAGAAAAUUAGUAAGGAGACCAUUGACGAAGGAAAAUUCCUAAAUGGGAAAUAACUUAAAUGAAGUAGAUAAGGACGGAAACAGAAUUUUAUCAAGAAAAAUAGUCGAUAAUUCUUCAUCCCUUAAUUAAGUCCAAAAAGAUUGGCAAAAAGGAUAAAAUGAUACUCUUGAAAAAAUUAUUUCAUAAGAGGAACCUGAACAAUUCGUUGAAGAAGAGAUAAUAAUAAUAAAUCCUAAAACAGGCAAGCAAGAGCGUAAAUUAGUUAGACGUCCUUAUGAAAAUGAAGAGGAAUUUGGAGAUUAAUUGAACGAAUCAAUAGGUAAUAACCAAAAAGUUGUGUCUCGUAGAAUUGUUUAAAAUGACAGCUCUCUAAGUGAAUGGAAGAAAAAUUAGAAAACUGGAUAGUUAGAAAAAUUAAUUGUUCAGAAUGAACCAGCUAAAUUUAUAGAGGAAGAAGUUUUAGUAAUGAAUGAAGAGACAGGAAAGAUGGAAAGAAAAUUAGUCAGAAAAUAAUAUUAGCCUGGUUCGAAUGUGGGAAAUAAUUUAUAAGAAACUGAUUCAAAUGGAAAUAGGAUUCUUGCAAGAAGAGUUAUUGAAAAUACAUCAUCAACUUAGCAGGUUGAAAAAGAAGGAUGGAAAAACAACUAAGGAAAUUAUGAAAAAACCUUAUCAAUUCAAGAACCAACCUAAUUUAUAGAAGAAGAAGUUAUUAUCGUGAGAUAAGGAGGAAAGCAAGAGAGGAAAAUUAUAAGAAGACCUUUGGAUGAUGAUGAGAACAUAGAAGAAGGAGAAGAACUUUUAGAGGAUUUAGGUGAUGGUUGUUAUGUAGUUUCUAGAAAGGUUGUUGAUAAUGACUUGUCGCUUGCUUCUUCAAAGUGGAAAAAAAAUAGUGAUGGAAAUUAUGAAUAAUCUUUGGGGGUUGAACCUUCUCAAUAUAUUACCGAAGAGGUGUUACAAUUUAACAAUGAAACAGGAAUGAUGGAAAGAAAACUAGUAAGAAAACCUUAUUUGGGAGGAAAGAUCCAAGAAGGUGAUUAAUUAAAUGAAGUGGAUAAGAAUGGAAAUAAAGUGCUUUCACGUAAAAUAGAAUCCAAUCUAUAACCUAAAGCAGCCAAACAAUAAUGGUAGAACAUUGGAAAAUAAGAAGAGAUCAUUCUAAAUUCAGAAGAACCAGAACAAUUUAUUGAGGAAGAAAUUAUUCAAAUCAACCCAAAAACAGGAAAACUAGAGAGAAAAAUUGUCAGAAAACCACUUAAUAAUGAAGAAAUAGAUAAUUUGUAAAUGGGAUAAAAUUUGGAAGAAGAUUUGGGAAAUGGUAAACAAGUAAUUUCAAGAAAAAUUGUCUAAAAUGAUCAAUCAAAUUAGGCCCUGAAAUAGCAAGGUUGGGUGAAAAAUAGUGAUGGAAACAUGGAAAUCAGAUUUCAACCUGAACCUGCAAAAUAUGUUGAGGAAGAAAUAUUAGUUUAAGGCGAGGAUGGAAAUGUCUAAAGAAAACUAGUUAGAAGGCCUUACUUACCUUAAGAUAACAAAUUACAAACUGGAGCAGUGAUAGAAAAAGACUAAAAUGGAAAUAAAGUUGUCUCAAGAAAGAUUGUUUAAAAUAACAAGCCAAUUGACUCAUCCUGGAUUUAAUUAAAUAAUGGAUAAUAAGAGAAAGUGGUUUCGCAGUAAGAACCCGAAGCUUAUAUUGAGGAAGAGAUCAUCAUAAUCAAUCCAAAAACUUAAAGAUAAGAAAGAAAAUUAACUAGAAGACCUUUGACUCAAUCAGAUGUAGGCGAGAUAGGAGAGAAUCUACAAGAAGGUGACGGCACUCGAAAAGUGGUUGCAAGAAGAAUAAUUUCUAAUGAAUAGUCUAUCGAUCAAAUGAAAGAUUGGUAACAAAAAUAAGGACAGAUGGAAAUUUAAUUAGCUUAAAGUGAACCAACUAAGUAUGUUGAGGAAGAAGUACUUUGUUAUGGAGAAAAUGGAUUACAGAGAAAAUUAGUAAGGAGACCAUUGACGAAGGAAAAUUCCUAAAUGGGAAAUAACUUAAAUGAAGUAGAUAAGGACGGAAACAGAAUUUUAUCAAGAAAAAUAGUCGAUAAUUCUUCAUCCCUUAAUUAAGUCCAAAAAGAUUGGCAAAAAGGAUAAAAUGAUACUCUUGAAAAAAUUAUUUCAUAAGAGGAACCUGAACAAUUCGUUGAAGAAGAGAUAAUAAUAAUAAAUCCUAAAACAGGCAAGCAAGAGCGUAAAUUAGUUAGACGUCCUUAUGAAAAUGAAGAGGAAUUUGGAGAUUAAUUGAACGAAUCAAUAGGUAAUAACCAAAAAGUUGUGUCUCGUAGAAUUGUUUAAAAUGACAGCUCUCUAAGUGAAUGGAAGAAAAAUUAGAAAACUGGAUAGUUAGAAAAAUUAAUUGUUCAGAAUGAACCAGCUAAAUUUAUAGAGGAAGAAGUUUUAGUAAUGAAUGAAGAGACAGGAAAGAUGGAAAGAAAAUUAGUCAGAAAAUAAUAUUAGCCUGGUUCGAAUGUGGGAAAUAAUUUAUAAGAAACUGAUUCAAAUGGAAAUAGGAUUCUUGCAAGAAGAGUUAUUGAAAAUACAUCAUCAACUUAGCAGGUUGAAAAAGAAGGAUGGAAAAACAACUAAGGAAAUUAUGAAAAAACCUUAUCAAUUCAAGAACCAACCUAAUUUAUAGAAGAAGAAGUUAUUAUCGUGAGAUAAGGAGGAAAGCAAGAGAGGAAAAUUAUAAGAAGACCUUUGGAUGAUGAUGAGAACAUAGAAGAAGGAGAAGAACUUUUAGAGGAUUUAGGUGAUGGUUGUUAUGUAGUUUCUAGAAAGGUUGUUGAUAAUGACUUGUCGCUUGCUUCUUCAAAGUGGAAAAAAAAUAGUGAUGGAAAUUAUGAAUAAUCUUUGGGGGUUGAACCUUCUCAAUAUAUUACCGAAGAGGUGUUACAAUUUAACAAUGAAACAGGAAUGAUGGAAAGAAAACUAGUAAGAAAACCUUAUUUGGGAGGAAAGAUCCAAGAAGGUGAUUAAUUAAAUGAAGUGGAUAAGAAUGGAAAUAAAGUGCUUUCACGUAAAAUAGAAUCCAAUCUAUAACCUAAAGCAGCCAAACAAUAAUGGUAGAACAUUGGAAAAUAAGAAGAGAUCAUUCUAAAUUCAGAAGAACCAGAACAAUUUAUUGAGGAAGAAAUUAUUCAAAUCAACCCAAAAACAGGAAAACUAGAGAGAAAAAUUGUCAGAAAACCACUUAAUAAUGAAGAAAUAGAUAAUUUGUAAAUGGGAUAAAAUUUGGAAGAAGAUUUGGGAAAUGGUAAACAAGUAAUUUCAAGAAAAAUUGUCUAAAAUGAUCAAUCAAAUUAGGCCCUGAAAUAGCAAGGUUGGGUGAAAAAUAGUGAUGGAAACAUGGAAAUCAGAUUUCAACCUGAACCUGCAAAAUAUGUUGAGGAAGAAAUAUUAGUUUAAGGCGAGGAUGGAAAUGUCUAAAGAAAACUAGUUAGAAGGCCUUACUUACCUUAAGAUAACAAAUUACAAACUGGAGCAGUGAUAGAAAAAGACUAAAAUGGAAAUAAAGUUGUCUCAAGAAAGAUUGUUUAAAAUAACAAGCCAAUUGACUCAUCCUGGAUUUAAUUAAAUAAUGGAUAAUAAGAGAAAGUGGUUUCGCAGUAAGAACCCGAAGCUUAUAUUGAGGAAGAGAUCAUCAUAAUCAAUCCAAAAACUUAAAGAUAAGAAAGAAAAUUAACUAGAAGACCUUUGACUCAAUCAGAUGUAGGCGAGAUAGGAGAGAAUCUACAAGAAGGUGACGGCACUCGAAAAGUGGUUGCAAGAAGAAUAAUUUCUAAUGAAUAGUCUAUCGAUCAAAUGAAAGAUUGGUAACAAAAAUAAGGACAGAUGGAAAUUUAAUUAGCUUAAAGUGAACCAACUAAGUAUGUUGAGGAAGAAGUACUUUGUUAUGGAGAAAAUGGAUUACAGAGAAAAUUAGUAAGGAGACCAUUGACGAAGGAAAAUUCCUAAAUGGGAAAUAACUUAAAUGAAGUAGAUAAGGACGGAAACAGAAUUUUAUCAAGAAAAAUAGUCGAUAAUUCUUCAUCCCUUAAUUAAGUCCAAAAAGAUUGGCAAAAAGGAUAAAAUGAUACUCUUGAAAAAAUUAUUUCAUAAGAGGAACCUGAACAAUUCGUUGAAGAAGAGAUAAUAAUAAUAAAUCCUAAAACAGGCAAGCAAGAGCGUAAAUUCGUCAGAAAACCCAUUGAUAAAAUUAAUGAAUAGAUUAAUUAUGGAGACUGUUUAAAUGAGCUAGGAUAAAAUGGAGAAAAAGUUAUUUCCAGAAGGAUUAUUUAAAAUUAAUUUUCUUCUGAUGCUUUAAAAUAACAAGGAUGGUAAUAAAUAUAAGAUGGAAAUUAAGAACAAAUAAUAAGUGAAGCAGAACCAUAAAAAUAUAUUGAAGAAGAAAUUUUAGUUAUGAAUCCUUAAAAUUAAUAACUUGAAAGAAAAUUAAUAAGAAGGCCAUUUUCACCAAAUUCAUAAAAUUUAAAAAUUGGAGACAAUUUAACAGAGAUUGAUAAGGAUGGGAAAUAAAUUUUGUCACGAAAAAUUAUUGACAAUAUAUCUUCAACUAAGUAAUAAUAAAGAGAAGGAUGGAAACUGGAACAAGGCAAGCUUACUAGAUUAGUAAGUUUUUCAGAACCAGAAUAAUUUAUUGAGGAGGAAAUCCUAAUUAUUAACUAAAAUACAGGAAAAUAAGAACGAAAGCUGAUAAGAAAGCCUUAUUUUGAGGAUAAAAAAACAAAAUUUGGUGAUGAAAUAGACGAAUAGUAUUAAGGUUAUAAAGUAAUUUCUAGAAAACUUGUUCCAAACAAUAUCUCUUCGGAAGCCAAAAAAAAAGAGGGAUGGCUAACUAAUAAGGAAGGAUUGAUGGAAAAAAUAAUUGUCUCUUCUGAGCCUUCAAAGUAUAUAGAAGAAGAGAUUUUAAGUUUUAAUAAAGAAACAGGUUAAUUGGAAAGAAAACUUCUUAGAAGGCAAGUCUAAGAUAAUCUUGUUAUGGGAGACUCAAUAUAAGAAGUGGAUCCUUUAGGAAAUACAAUAUUGUCAAGAAAAAUAGUUGACAAUAAUUCAAAUAAAGGAUGGAUUAAAUAAAAAAAUGGAACUUUAGUAAUGUAGCUUUCAGUGCAGGAGCCUGAAUAGUAUAUAGAAGAAGAAGUGCUUUUAACUGAUAAAGAUGGGCAAUAAAAAUUAGUAGUUGAAAGAAGGCCCUUUAUUUAUGGGGAAGGCAAAAUAAACAGAACUGAUGGAGGUUUUGUAUUAUCAAGAAAAGUUAUUUAAAAUAAUUAAACCUUAACAGCUCUUAAAUAAGAGGGAUGGGUUAAAGAUAAUUAAGGAAUACUAAAAAAAUUAGGAGAUUAACCUACUGCUAAUUCAGCUUUAUCCCAACAAUUGAUAAAUCAAGAUUCUUAAUAUUUUGAAGAAGAGCAUUAAAUUCUAAAUCCAAAGACAAAUGAAAUGGAAAUAAUUUAAUUAAAGUUUCCUUAUAAUGUAAAUAGAUAAAUUGGAAAAAGAUUAAAAGAAUAGGAUUCUGAUGGUAAUCAAAUAAUAAGUAGAAGGAUUGUUACAAAUCUUGAUUUGGAUUAUAAUCCAUAUUAAUUUGUAGAAGAGAUUGUGGAAAUAGCAAAUCAGAAAUCAGGAUAAACAGAAUUAUUUGCUAUAUAAAAAUAGGUUAAUAUUACAGAAGUAUAGAUUGGAAAAAAUUUAAAUGAAAAACAACCUAAUGGUUUUAUUAUCAGAUAAAGAAAAGUUAUAAAUUAAUUUUAGAUUGAUAGUUUAUAAAGUUGGAAAAAGGUUACUGAUGCUCCUAAAGAAUAUUUUAAAUAACAUGCAAAUAUUAAUAUAAAGAGAUCAAUGUAUUAAAUUGAUGAAGACAGCCAAGAGUAAAGAGAUUCAUAAUAUCGAUCAAAUGAGGAGCUAAAUAGCUAAGGUAUACGAGUACCAGAUAUCGAUGGGUCCAGAAUGGAUAAGCUACUUGCAAGUUCAAGUGAUAAAAGAAAGCAACAGUAACCAAAAACUAUAGAAGAAGAAAUUUUGAUAUUGAAUCCUUAAACUAAAAAGGUAGAGCGUCGUCUACAAAGAAAAACAAUAGAAGCAGAAUUAGAUCUAGAGAUUGGAGAGGAUUUAUAUGAGUAGGAAGAGGAUAUUGUAAUUUUAAGUAGGCAAGUAGUAGAGACAAUUUAACCAUAAGAUUUAAUGAAAAAAGGUUGGUAUGAAAAGAGUAGCAACAUUUGGUAAAGAAUCUUGAGCAAGAAUGAAUCUUUCUAAAUGAUUGAAGAGGUAGUAAAAGAAGGAAAAGGAAAUAAACAAAGAAUCAUAAUUACAAGAAAAAACUAUAAAGACGAGGAAUUAGUCUUUGGGGAAGAUUUGAAGGAAUAGAUUGGUUAAGAUCAAACUUUAGUUCGAAGAAUUAAAGUUUCUAAUAGAUCUUUGGUGUUUUAUAAAAAUUGUGAUUUUAGCAAAAAUAGAGAAGGAAAUUAUGUAAAAAUUAUAUAAUCUAAUGAUAAUUCUAAUGUUUAAUUAAGAAUCCCCAAAUAUUAAGAACCAAAUCUUAAAAAAAGUAAGUCCAGCUGUUCAUAAUUAUCAUUAAUUUAAGCUAUAGAAUAAACAUAAAUCACAAAAUCUAAAUCAUUAAUCAAUGUUAGUGAAUAGCAAAAUAAAACUCAAGGAACGAACAAAGGUUAAUAAUAAUAACAUGAAUAAUUUAUGGAUGAUCAAGCAAUAAUUAAUAGAACAAAUAUUUCUGAUAUAUCAGAAACAGAUAAAAUGUUUUUGAAACAAUUAGAAAGAAAGGAUCAUAGCAAAAAAUAGUCUCAAUAAGAUAUUCUAAGAAAUAGAGUUGGAUCAGACAAAAAUAAUAGAAGUUCUUCUAGUCCUUUUUCAGAUUAAGAUUAUAAUAUGAGCUCUAACUCUAUUGUUGGCAUCAAAAUCAUAAAAAGACUUCUUCAAAAAAUGAUUUUAGUAAAUGUUAGAAUUGGAUUUGACGAAUUUAACUUAAUAAAGUAAAAAUUAUUUAUAUUUAAUAGUUAAUAAUUUAAGAGAUUCUCAAAGGCAAUUCGAUUAAUUAAAAAAUUUGGAACUAAAUGUGGAUUUGCCUCUCUCAAUGAACAUAGGCUAAAAACCUUUAUUGAAUUCAAUGAGGAUGACAUCAUAAAAUACAAUUAGAUGCUAACUGAAAAUAAAAUUUAAGCAAUGGAGCAGAUUCCAGAAUAGGGCUAAUAAGCUGAACCUAUAGAAUUGAGCCCUGAUGAAAAAGGAUCAAGAACAUUAGUUAAAUCUCAAUCACAAAUUUUACCAAAAUAACUAAAUUUUAGAAACUCAUUUACUGCUACUCCAUAAAAAGAGCAAUAGUAAUUAUCUUCAAAUUAAAUCAAAUCUGGUCAACCAGUUAGAGCUGCAUAAGCUCCAUCUACUUCCAUUAUUAUUUCUUAACUUCCCUAAACUUAAUAAUUAGCCAGGGGGUCAAAUUCCCGUAGUUCUACUAUCAAAACUGUUGCUAGUCCUUAACCUUAAUAAACAAAAUAGUAAAUAUAAAAAUAAUUGCUUAGUGCUGUCUAAUAAAAAUCUUCUUACCAAAGUGAUGAUAAAAAAAAAAGUGGUUAAAAUACUAGUUAAAGCACCCAAAAGAGUAAUAGAUAACUAGAAGUUCCUUCAGUAAAAAUUUUAAAUAAUUUAAGGUUAAUCAAAGCUAAAAUGCUUCAUAAACAUCUAUCUAAAAUCCAACUAAUUAACUAGCUAUCUAGUAAAAAGAUAAAAUUUCAUAGUAAUUUAAAAAAAUGGGAUCGUAUUCUCAAAAAUCAAAAAAAUGA